CUUUCUAGUUUUGGAUACAAUCAUUGAGUCCCCGUUUCCUCUAAAUAUAAUCCAACUAGGUCUUUUAGGUGUUAAGCAUUGAUUGAUUGGCUCUCUAUUAACCUCUGCUUCACAGCUCUCUUCCAUUCUUUGUACAGAAGAAUGAUGCUCACUUUUAUGGACACAUUUCCUCUACGCAAGCAAAAUCCAUGCACGUACGAAUUAAAUCACACCCACGUCUUUGUGCGUUUAGAUCAGCACGUUACAAAUUUGUGGUAGGCGAUCGAGUUGUAUCUUUUCACGAAUUAAAUUGGGUAGAUGGGGUGGUUAGUUGCUGUGCUCACUCAAUAAUUUCUUUACAAACCGUGAAUUCUCUUGUAUAAAUAGCUUAGGUAUUUAGAGCUUCGCUAUAUGUAAUCUUUUCACAAAACUUAGUCCAAUUAUAAAACUAUGGCUACAAGUAAUAAUUUAGUCGGAAAGUUGGAAGGUGAAUUGAAGCUAAACUCAAAUCCUGAUGAGUUCUUCCAUAGCAUUGGAGGCAAAGCCCACCAACUCCCCGAUCUUAUCAAUCACAAGAUUCCCAGCAUAGAGCUGCAUGAAGGGGAUUGGAAGACCGAGGGCUCUAUCAAGAAUUGGACUUACGUUAUUGAUGGAAAAGUUGAGGUAUACAAAGAGAGAAUGAAGUUUGAUGAAGAGACUAAGACCGUGACAGCGGAAGCUAUAGACGGAGAUUGCAUGAAGCAUUACAAGAAUUAUGUCGUCACCGCCAAAGUUGUUACCAACGAAGAUGGCUCCGGCGCUGUGAAGUAUUCCGUCGACUAUGAAAAGCUGAAUGAGAAUGAGCCGACUCCGACAAAGUACCUGGAAUGGAUUGGUCAUAUGUUGAAGGAUUUGGAUGCUUCCCUCGUCAAACCUUAAUAUAUUUAAACGUUAAUUGCAAACUAUUUCAAUAUUAAUAAAGUCUGAUAAAGCAUUUUCAAACUAGUAAUAUUCACCCUCUUUAAAGCCACAGGAGUAUGGGCUUCCAAAAUAUGUAUUGAUGUGAUAACAUAUAAAAGAAUAUGUGUUUAAUUUCCCUUCUAUUGAUUAAUGAUAUAUGUUUGGUUUGAUAUAUGACAAGUGUUUUCAAAGUUGCGAUGAAAUGACAGUGUUCAUUAAUUACAAGUUUUUGAACCAUUCCUUUCUUUCUAAUUUUGGAAUACUUUACGGAAAAAGAAAAUUGUUCAUGUUGGACCAUUUUGGUUGGUGCCGUGAAGCAUGACGACUCCUUUGAUAAACAAAAGAGAAUGCAAAGUUAAUUAAUCACCAUGGAUUAAUUACGUUUAGGUGGUUUUCCACGAAGCCAUUAGCUAGCAACCGAGCAAUAUUGUCACGUACUAGCUAGCUUGUGGCAAUGGCUAAAUUCAUUAGUUACG